AUGGCAAAUUCUAGCAGAGAGUGGUACAUCCCAAAGUCUACGGCAAGGGGGUUGGCUCAAAAGAGUUGGGCGUCCCGGGGAAAAAAAGGCUUUUGCUAUCCUCGUGCCUCCUUGAGUGGCAGGCAGCUGGGCUGUGUGAGCGCGAGGCAGAGCGCGCGCGCUGCAGAAGAACCCUGGCGGCAGGCGGUUCCUUGGAAGCAGCCUCUCAGACUUCUUGAACCCAGCAGACUCUGUCAGCUCCUGAGUAGCAUUGAUCUAGUUUGGCAUACCCACAAAUCAGAACUGAAGCGGUGCAGUAUGGCUCACAACUGCCUCCAGUGCAUUAAGUACCUCAUGUUUGUCUUCAACCUUCUCUUCUGGCUGGGAGGCUGUGGUAUCCUUGGAGUCGGCAUAUGGCUAGCCGUUACUCAAGGAAACUUUGCCACUCUCUCCUCUUCCUUCCCUUCACUGUCAGCUGCCAACCUGCUGAUCAUCACGGGGACUUUUGUAAUGAUCAUUGGCUUUGUGGGGUGCAUAGGAGCCAUCAAAGAAAACAAGUGCCUCCUGCUCAGUAUUGAUAAGUAUGCUCAGCGGGACCUGAAGAAAGGGCUUCAUUUGUAUGGAACUGAUGGAAACAUUGGCCUCACUAAUGCAUGGAGCAUCAUACAAACAGAUUUCAGAUGCUGUGGCGUGUCAAAUUACACUGACUGGUUUGAAGUGUACAAUACCACACGUGUGCCGGAUUCAUGCUGCUUGGAAUUCAGUGAGAAUUGUGGUCUCCAUUCCCCAGGGACCUGGUGGAAAGCUCCUUGCUAUGAAACAGUGAAAAUAUGGCUCCAAGAAAAUCUGUUAGCAGUGGGAAUUUUUGGAUUGUGUACAGCUUUGGUUCAGAUUCUUGGAUUGACAUUUGCAAUGACAAUGUACUGUCAGGUUGUCAAGACAGAUACCUACUGUGCAUAAAAAAAAAAUCAUAAUUGGAGUCCAUCUGCCAUGGCUCACCCUCUCUACAGGAUAAAAGAGGACUCUUCUUCAUGCUCAACCUAUUUCUUUCCCCUAUGUAAAAUAAACUGUAUAAUCCUCUUUGAAAAAUUUGUGAAUCACCCUCGUUUGUCACCACCAUCCAAAUGGAAAUGUCAAGGAACUCAAGACUUGCUUAGACAAAAGAAAAUAUUCUCUCUAGGAAAAGAGAAAGCUAUUGAGGAAAGAAGAAAUUGCUCCUUUUGCACAGACCACGGCAUGGGUGAAAAGGCUGACUGAAAUAUAUAAUCCAGCAGGCUGCUGACAAAUAGAAGUUUUCCAGUGUGGUGAAUCCAGCAAAUUCCAGGAAAUACAGAGCCAAGUUAUAUUUGUCUGGAGUGUCAAGGAUAUGCCCUUUUAUUGCAGUUUGUCUUUACAGACAUUUGGGAGGUCAGCUCAACAAGAAUGUUUUUGAACUCACGUGAUUCCACCAUGGAGUGUAUGUUCUGGAAACUUUUCUGCUUAAAAUGGUAUCAAUGGCAACCUUUCCAACUCCAGAGCAGAUAAGGAAAGCCAGACUUAUAAUGGACUUGAGUUUAGAUCUGACAGUAGAUACAAGUGGGGCAUUCUAAAGAAAGUAAAGAUGUGUGGCUCCUUGCAGAAGCAGGGAAGGAGCUUUCCCUGCUCUAUGCGUGCAGGGACCAUGCAUUCAAAAGGACAUGAUGUUUGGAGAAGGGCAGGAUAUAAAAUAAAAUAAAAUAAAAUAAAGGCAGGGUGGGGGGAAGGGGAAUAUAGACUACUGCAAAACAAGUAACUAUUUCCAGUAAAGUUCUUUUUUCAGUAGAGAAGAAGCAGUAGCUGUCUUUCUAUCACUGACCUUUGGGUUUUGUUUUAAAUCUCAUUGUUUCACCUUUUCCAUGCAUUUCCCAGAGUGAAACCCCAUAAAGUGGUGGUGGCUACUUUUCUCCAGUAUACCAUUUCAUUAACCAUUCAGUGAUACUUUCAUCUCCAAAUAUGUUGGGCUCACCAGGCAUAGGAGAAAAUCCAUCACGUAGACAUAUUUAAGUUUGCUUGUUUUUUUAAAAAAAUCUUGCAGCUGCUGUUUCAGUGAUUCUACGAUGAGUAAGGCAGUAAUAAAGAAACACACUCAAUAAAUAAUGACUAUAGUUAUUGACAUAUUUUUAGGUGUUGUAUUUUGACAAUAUUCUACUUGAUUAUACUCAGAUUCUCUUUUGAAAAUUUAAUUAUUAAGUGUGUUUUCUUUAUUAGCAAAGUCCUGUUCUAUUGGUGUUCUUAAUGAUUCAAGACCCUUCUCUCACUUUGGUGAUUGUUACAUAAUUUCUCCACUAACAUCAUUUAAAUUUUGCAUAGGCAGUCAUUUUUCUCUUUCUCUUGUCUGGGGCAAAAGGAGUGUUUUCAGGCUGGAGCACAUCCAUAUCAUCUUUUUCCUUUUACAGGUACAGGCUAGCAGAAUAGCCAGAGUUGCCUACAACAUUUUAAGAAUAAGUUAUCAUAUGGAUUUUGAGACUGGCUAGACAGAUUAGAAUGUAAUAAGCAAAUUCUGAGAGAAAAAAAUUGCUGUUGAAUCUGUGGACACAUUUUAACCCACACUGUUCAUCUAGAUGGCCAUUUCCAACUCUAAGAUUCUGUUCUAUGACUGUUAGUUCAUGUCAUGUUCUGGUCACACAUAAUAUCACAGAAAGCUUUGGAGGCCAGCUUGUAGACACUAGUACUCAGAUCCAACAGGUGCAAUUUCCCUGUCUGUUUUCUUCCUCCUUGAAUAGUUGAUGGGCUUUAAGCCAUUCUUUCCAUUUCUCCCUAUCCUCUCACACAGCUCCUUGGUGCUAUUCUGUCCCUAAUGAGUGGUUAUCGACAUGCAGCUCUGUCUUGAAGCCUAAAAGUUAUGCAAAUUAAUUUCACCUAGCUAUAAAUAUUGGGUAGGGGAGAAUCUUAUAAGCUAGGUUCAAGUGGAAUUAUUGCUUAUUUUUAUUCCUAAUGAACACUUUGGAAAUAAACUUUUGAAUGAUCCAUGGAGUAUUUACAUUUUCUGAGGUGCUUUCAGGACCCGAAAUGGACCUUUGCCAUUGGGUGAGAAGCCCCUAUGAGCAACUCAAGGUUUCCUAUAUCCCGAAGGGCUACUUCUCUACUGUUAGAAGGCACAAACAACUUCCUGACUGAAACAGGUAGCUGCUCAUAGGGUCUGUUGGUGAGAGAUACGAAAUAAUAGAAAGGUGCAUGUCAGAGGAUGGCAAGCAGGGGCAAGACAGGUCAGUUAUUUCAUACCUUUCCCCACAGUAAUUCUUACAGCAGAUAUAUUACUUACUGCUUCUAGUAGAAGAGUAGAAUAUAUGUACAAAAUCUACUGUUAGAGUCUGUUUUCUACCAAGUUAAACUGUCAUGCAUUUCAUCCCAAAAUUUAAAGAAUUUAAAUCUGCCAAAUGAGCUGAACAAUUCUCUCGAAUCCUUGUUAUUCUCCUAAUCUCAAAUAAUAGUUCCCAUGAUUCACAGGGAUAAUGAAAAACUUAUCAAAUUUUGCGAAGAUCUAAACAUCUAGACACUGACAAGGGAGUCUAUAACAUUCUUACAUUCCUCUACAUACAGAAGUUAUUGAUCACAUCACAGCUGGGAGACCAUUCAGUGCAACAUGAAGUAUAGGUUUGGAUCUGAAUCUUUGCCGAAUAGAUGGCCUUUGUCCAAGAACAUAAGCAUUAAGCCAAAAUAUUUUUCUCUUUCUUUCUUUCUUUCUUUCUUUCCUUUCUUUUUCUUUCUUUCUUUCUUUUUUCUUUUUUGAAAAGUGAGCAAAGAGCCAUAGGCAAGUCAAGAAGAAGUCUUAGUUAUGGGGAAACGCCCAAAUUGCACAGGAAGAACUAGGAACUGAAUCUACCCUAAUUCCCUAUCAUGCAUCCUAAUACCCCUCAUUACCCAUUGUCCUUAUUAUCUGUGCAAGCUUUGAAAAAUUAUGUCUUUAAGCAAUAGUUUAUAUGCUAUUUCCUGUCUCUUUCUAUGGUAUUUGCUCUUUCCCCCCACCUUUUCUUUACACAUUGAACAGACUGCAACUUGGGGGUUCCAUUGCUGUUAGUUGUCAUGGUUCAUUACUGUUGUUGUACUCACAAGCUUUCCCAUUGACAGCUUGUGGAUUCCCAUCUCUGAAGAGCAGAAUAAUGGAGUGAUGAACACAUUAAUAAAACAUUGGUUCUAAAAAGAUUAAAGACAGAUGAAAUCUAUUUGUGGAGACCCCCCCCCUUCAUUAAAAAUUAACACAGCAAUCCUGGUGGCUCAGCAGAUAAGAGCAAAGAAGUUGUGCUGUAGAAGUAAACGGAGUGGGAGGGUCCCACGAGAAAACUCAGUUAAUCAUUUUACCAUUUUGUCUCCAAAGAGGAGUGAAUGAGCACAGUUAAACAGCUUGCAUUGUAAUGUUCUCUUUUUCUGAAUUCUACUGCUCCACUGAAUGGAUGCUGCUGUACAAGUGUCCUGUCAUUUGGAAAUCUAAAAGAGCAUCUUUGUAUUUCUUUCCAUUGCUCUCUGCUGUCCAUCACAGAGACGUAGGGAGGGGCAUUUAACACCAGCUGCAAACCUGUCUUCAGGGCUCAAUGCGUUUAUGAUUUAAAUCCCAAGCCCCAUCAGUCAAAGUCCUGGGCAAAAGAUACACACACAGAAUUAAAGGACAAGGUACCACUGGAUACCAUCUAUCCCUAGGAAGCUGUUUUCAGUGCUCACCUUUCGCACAAUAGUCCAAACUUGAUUAUACCAGGGUUUCUCAACUAGAUCUCACAAGAAUUAAUAAUGUCAUUGUUGUUUUUGUUCUAAUAGCUGAAGGCCCUUAUUUGUCCUGUUGCAACUCAUUCAGAAAUCUAUCAGCAGAUUCGAAGCUACUUUCUAUCCACCCCAAUGCAAGCAAUGCCAUACUACUAGAGCAGUCCUGCCCUUAAAGCACAUUGAUCAGUUAGCAACUCAGAAUGUUCUCUUACACUCAAGAAGCAUUAUAUUAAUUGGAAUGGAUGUUGAUGCUCUAUUCAUUGCUUGAGAGGGCUACACCAUACUACUAGGCUGUGCUGAAUGGAUACAGAUAGAGGGUCCAAUUGCUCUGACCUUUGCCAUAUAGUGAGCAUCUCUGAAAUAAUCGACUCUCUAAAAGCUGAUGGAGAAAGUAGAUCAAGCCAUUCAGUGUGCUUCACUUUAAAAACCAAAGGACCAAAACCUGACAUUUGACAGGCUGACCAAAAUCAAUGCAGUUAUUUUCCUAAAAGAAGUUCUCCUAAUACAACACUGCCAAUCUUGGUGCUAAAGCAAAUACUUGGUUGUCUGUAAUGCAGAGCCCAACUGAGUUAGAGAGAGAAAAAGCCAAUCCAACACCACCCACCAAAGCUGGUGUAGCUUAAACAACCUGGAACAUACUCUUGCAAUAGUCAUAAUAUGUUCCAUUAGUCACACAAGCUUGCUUCAGUAUUUACUUUUUGUGUAUGGAGAAAAUAAUGUAGCUCCUAAAUAAGAACCUGUCUUGUUGAUAAAUCCCCAGUAAGCAGCACAGAGCUUCUUUCACCUUCUUUAUCCUGUCCCACUCUACAAGAUUGUUAGCUAAAUGUAUUCAAAGCAGCAUGGAAGUAGCCAGUGCCAAUGCUUUUCUUUGGUAAAGCACGGGGCUUUAAAAAGGUACAAAAUGACCAAAGCCAUUUAGGGUUCAGGAGCUGAGCCUGCCCCUAAAUAUAUAGGUUUGUGCCCUUGGUGCUUAGUUUCUGAUACAUAACCCAAGGGCGUAUUGUAAUUCUAUUGAAAUCAAUGCAAAUUAGAAUGUGGGUUUACAUUUCCAUCUAUCAUUCGUUGGGACCGUGUUGUCUUGUGUCUACUAUGAGUAUACCUAAUACAAUGUGUGCUGUAUACAAUAUACUGUAAAAUAAUGAUUGAUAGCUGCCAAGUUUUGUUAUCUGUGUCGGAUGGGGGGAUUAUUCAGCACAGUUAACACAUAAUUCUGAUCUAUGAGUACUUCCUGUAAUGCUGGUUUGUCUUUUCAUUUUAUUGCUACCACAAUAAUUGUACAGAAUUGCAACAGAAUAGAAUUAUCCACAGAUGCUAUGGAAGAAUAUGCACCUUAUCAUUAGAAGUAUAAACAUUGUUUCAGAGGGUCAUGCAAUGAGGUUUCGCAGGUUCUCACACUGAGGUUGGGAUCUGUAAGUUUAGAACCAUCAAUAUAUAAUUGGAUGGGAAUCUAAGUGCAAAAGAUGGUACUGCUGCAUACUUCAGUUCGCUAGCUGUGAAAUAACUGUAAUACAAAUAGGAAGGCAGGAGCAGAACUGGUUGUGUGUUAAGAUCAAUGUUUCCUCCAAACCCCAAAUGACCUGCAGGUUGGUUUUAUGCACACUAGUUUAAAGUUAAGUCCCACUGAACUCAGAGGAACCCCCCCCCCCCAGGUGAUUGUAUACUUUGGUAGUCCUAGGAGCCUAAGUGCAAUUUUGCAUAUUAUGGGAAGCAUAUUAAUAAUGACAUGAGUUUGCCACCAGUUGUAACACUGAACAAAACAUCUGCACUAGAUGUGACAUACUGUUACCUGCAUUAGUCUCCAAUGGUUAUGACUACCACCGCUGCUGCUAUCACUACCACCAUUACCACAGUUAUUGGUCAGAAUCCUGUUGGUGCAGCACACCAGCAUAAUAUGCCAGCAUAGGUAAUGGUAGCAGAAGGGAAAAAGGUCUUGGGCAGAGAAAUCCUGAAGGACAAUGUUGGAAAAGCAGGUUUUCGUGGAGCCUGCAGAUUUGGUCUGCCUUCCCUCACCACCUCUGCGUGAUCCUGGAAAAAAUGCAACCACAGCAGAGUUCACCAACAGGAUCCUAGCCAUUACCAUAAUCUGUGAUAAUAGUAACAAUGCUAAUAAUAGAAUUCAAAGAUAUAGCCAUGUUCGUCUGUAGAAUCAGUAUGUAGAGAGAUCCUGUAGCAUCUUCUUUCAGUUAGACUCAAAGGUGCUACAAGAUCUCUCUAAAUAAUAAUACCAAUAAUAAUGGAGGAACAACAGGGCAAUGGACGAGGGGGAAAAGGUGCUUUCAUUUUCCUUCCUCCUUGGCUAUUUUCUCUCUCAAAAUUACUUGCCUACAGUGAAAUUCUGUAUCAUGGGGGUGGGGGGACAGCUUCAGUAGUCAGGAUUGAACAGAAAAACCACCUGUGCAGAAAGGUUUAAUCGGAGUGCCUCCUGUGAUUUCUUUCAUUCAAACUCACACUCUCAAGGCUGUUUUCCAUUUUGAAAAACCAGCCGUGCACACAACUAUAUGUCAUAUCCAGUUUGGGCGAGAGAUUUGCAGCAGCCCCAAUAAAACAAACAAUAAAACAAGUUUGUCAUGUUCACACGUUUAGAUGUGCACUUAAAACAUAUCUAAAAACUUAAUGUGUGAAAAGACCUCUGUUCUGUUGGUAAUGUGAGAGAUUUGAGCUCCUUGGCACCUAUAUUCUACACUUGUAAAUGUUGCCCUCUCUUUUACAAAACAUUUAGAACUAACUCGAUAUUUCAUUUCAUGGCACCAUUCUUAAUCUCCCCCCCCCCCCCCCCCCCCC